CUUUUCCGUCGCUUUUUAACGUCAGAGACGAGACCGCCCAAUCAGGCGUCAGCUCUCCGCCCGUUUGACCAAUCACCGCUCAGCUCUCGUCCAACACCGAUGACACAAUCCAAGCGUGCCUGAGAACGGAGGAUGUCAAGGUCUGAGCUCUCGAGCUCCUCAGAAGAGUCUUAACAUCUGCACACACUCACAGAAACUUUAAACCGGCUGCUCUCCACCGGAGCCUUUGGCCUGCAGCCUCACUCCCAGACUCAGACGGUCCUGCCUUUGCUGUGAAGCUCACAAUGGAGCCUAAACUGUACCAGCCCCCUCCAGGGGUCCGAGGUAUGACGUCUCUUGACAAAGAGGCCUUCACACAGACCAUCACAGUCCCAGCUCUGCGGGUGCCCACUGGGGUCUUAAACAAAGUGAUAAAGAGCUUGAGAAAGUCGACCAUCCAGCGUCCAGGGAUGACCAGGGUGUUGCACGAUACAGAGGACAACGGUGAGUUUCGCUUGGUGCUUUUGGACCCUCACAGAGUUUCCUCGACGAGCUCCUUCUCCGAGGCUGAAGCUGAGGCCCUGAGGUCUUUCGACGUCGCCGAGGAGCUGCAGUCCCACGAGCUGCUACUGACCUAUGACAACCUUAAGAGUGAAGAGGUGCUGGAGGCCGUGCUGCCUCUCGGGCAGGACGUGACCUCGGGGUUCAGCCGGGUGGGACACAUUGCACACAUGAACCUGAGGGACCACCAGCUCCCGUACAAGAACCUCAUAGGCCAAGUGAUCAUGGACAAAAACCCUGGUGUUACCUGUGUGGUCAAUAAAACAAACAUAAUCAACUCGACUUACCGCAACUUCAAGAUGGAGGUGCUUGCUGGUGAGGAGAACAUGGUUGCCAAAGUGAAAGAAAACGGGGUGAUGUACGAGUUUGACUUUUCUCGUGUGUACUGGAAUUCCCGGCUGAGCACGGAGCACCAGCGCGUGGUGCAGCUCACCAAACGUGGUGACACCGUGUUUGAUGUCUUCGCCGGUGUCGGACCCUUCGCCGUCCCAGCCGCACGCUCAGGCGCCAACGUGUGGGCCAACGACCUCAACCCCGAGUCCUAUCGAUGGCUGCAGCAUAACUGCAAAAUCAACAAGGUGGACGGCAAAGUGCGAACGUUUAACAUGGACGGCAGAGCCUUCAUCCAGGGACCUGUGAAGCAGGAGCUGCCUGCACUGCUGAAGGGAAAAGGCAGCAUACAUGUGGUGAUGAACCUGCCUGCCUUGGCUCUGGAGUUUCUGGAUGCAUUCAGAGGCCUCCUGCACCAUGAGCCUCCCUGUGAUGAGAACCUACCCACAGUGUACUGCUACGGCUUCUCUAAAGAGGACAGCCCCGACACGGACGUGGUGAACAGGGCAUCCCGCAGCCUCGGGUUCCCCCUGGAGAACAGAUGCUCGGUGCAUUUUGUGCGUAAUGUAGCACCCAACAAAGAUAUGAUGUGUGUGAGAUUUACACUCCCUAAGGAGGUCCUCUUCAGCAGCAACGAUGAACAGACAGAGCCUUCAGUGGAACCAGCCCCAAAGAGACAGAAGUGUAUGGAAACUACAGAUUCAAUUUAAAACUUAUCAACGAGUAAAACAUUUUAGUUUGGAGCUAAUUCUUUUUUGUUUUUUAAGAGAAAGUAUGAGUUUAAUCGUCGCAUCUGUUACAGAUGUUGAUGGUUAUUGUUAUCUGAAAUAAUGUCAAGAUGCCAGCUUUGGUUCAAAAACUUUACCCCUCUUUGUUUUUACCAUUAUGUCGUUAUAUUCAGGAUUUGACACGUGACGUCCUGAGUCGUUGAUUUUUAAAUAAACCUGUAAAAUGAUGGGCAGACA